GAGUCAUGAAGCAUCGCAGGUCACGGGACUCAGAGCCAAGAAAGGGACAAUGCAUGAGGGAGCAGCCUGGAGAUUCAGAUAGGAGGCACGGCCAUGAAGACGAGCUUUGCGUGCAUUCUCAUUUUCAUUCAGCUCUUUGAAGUCUAUGCAGAGUUGAUCUUCAGGAAGCUGACAGAGAACCAGUCACUGGAGCUCUCAUGCACCCCUCAGCUGGAGCACAGCAGCCUCACAGGCCUCCACCUUUACCACCGCAGUGCCCAGAGCCAGACCACCCUGCUGUCGCUGUCAGAGGGUGGCGAGGUCAGGGUCAACCCGGAGCACAGGGGCCGUCUGCAGCUCUGUGGAGGACUGGACUCCCCGCAGAUAAAUGUGACCACAUCACAUUUACAGCCCAGUGACACAGGACUCUAUGUGUUGGAGCUGAGCUACAGAGAGAGGAACUCUGAGCAGAUCAUCUUCAUCAGCGCUCAAAAGGUGUUCUUGUUGGUUGAAGGGACAGGGAGUUCAUGCCGGUGCCCUCCCAGCUACCCUUCACUGCUCUUGACCGUCUUUACGGCAGCGGGCCUUCUUCUGCUCACACUCAGCUGGCUGGCCAUAGACAAAUGUACGAAGACGAAGACGAAGCCUCAUCAAACACCACAACCCCCUGUUCCAAUCUACGAGGAAAUGACCUGGAAGCAGCAGAGCACCGGAAUCCCCCAAAAUAACCACGAGGGCCCCUCACACCUGGAGGAAGUCAACUUCCCCGUGUAUGCUAACCCCAACAUCCGACAACCACAGGACAACUACUACGCCUGUCCCAGGCAGCUCGCCCUGAGAGCCUGACGUGACUUCUGGCAUUAAAAUAAUGGUGCAGCAGACACGUACCGGAAAUGACACCAGCUCUGCAACUGAGGAAAUAUGAUGUGACCGCAUGUGAGAGGCGACAACUCACCCAGGAAAUGAGAGAUCUCAGAUUUGUGGAACAAAAGCAGAUGGGCAAAUAACCACAAGAAAAAAAAAAGCUAUUUUAUUAAUAUUUGAAAGAAGCUCCAUAGUUCAUGAAAACAUUUGUUUCGGUGCAUGUCAUUUAACAAUCACAUUCUAUGAGGAGAAAGAGAUAUACAGAGAGAAAAAUUAAAACAUUACAAGCCACUGACUUUUCAUUAAAUCUCGGUACAGACAUUUUUACUUAAUAUUGAAAAAAAAAAAGGCAAAAAAACAAAACAAAACAAAACAAAAAAACAGCCCUAAUCCCAUACCCCCCCAUCCCACCCCUCAAGAAAACCAUAACAACUGAGAAAAAAACCCCUUGAGGGUGACAGGCUAGAAUCCCACAGUGCUAAAGAGUGAGACGCUCAUUGGUUUUAGGAAUACACAGCAUGGCGAUGUAGCGCUAGGUCAAUCUGAAUCAGGGGAGGGAAGCUGGAGGCAGGGGGCUCGACGUAAAUCUCCUCUCCACCCCCUCUACCCCCUCAAAAACAAAAACAAAACACACAUUGGAACCCAAAAAACCCCUGCAAUAGAUCAGCCACGUAGAAGUAGGCCAUAAAAUCCCCAUCUUCCACCCCCCCAACCCCAAACACUUGUGCAUAGUUUCAUGAUCCUUUACAACCAGCUCAUGUUUUACAAACAUCCUCCAAAUUGUGAAAAAUGUUCCACAAAAGUCUGAUUUAUCUAUUAAUAAUAAUACCCGCUGUGGGAGAAUGAGAGAGAGAUAGAGAGAGAGAGAGAAAGAGGAAAGAAAGAGUAAUGCACAAUGUUCCUGAUUCAGUCAGGACGGGACCUCAUUAAGAAAACACAAUAAAGAUUCAAACAUACAGCAUUUUGCAUGUUAUUCACGGUCUUUUUUUUCACAAUCAAAAUCAUUGACCUCUUUUUUUUUUGUUGUUUUUAAAUGUAAAGCAAUUUUAAUAUAUAGAUUUAUAUAUAAAGCACUCCAUUUUCAUUUAAAGUCCAUUAUUUGGUUAUUAUGUAACUGCUACGGAUUUAGAAACAAAAGGUAUUUUCUCUUCUGAAAUCCAUAACUUUCAGUGCUUAGAAUCGUUUCUUUUAAAUCAUCCUUUUUUUUUGUGUUUUUUUGUGUUUUUUGUUUUACUCAUCAUAAAAAUGUACAUUAAAAUGGCGUGGAGUUGGUACUCUGGAACCCUGGCCUUCCUGAGACAAGAUCCACUUUUUCGUGUGUGUGCAAGAUAGUGAGCAAUUAUGUCUUUUUUUUCUUUUCUUUUUUAUAUAAAGGAAAAAUAUAUAUAAUCAACAUAAAACAUACAGGCUUUAGAUAGUCCAUGAAAUCAACAUUAACACAGAACAAAGAAGGUUAAACAGAACGAGACAACACUGUUCAAUCCCAGAGUUCUGAAAGUAGCACAAUAAAUCUUCAUUCUGUGAAGUGUUGCACUUUUUUUUUUUUUUUUUUAAAUGGAAGCAUUUGUCCUUUUUUCUUUGUCCAACAUUCCCAUGGUUUAAUUAUUUUGUCUUGCUGAUUUAUUUCUUCUGAACUCCAGAAAAAAACAAAGUGUUUGUAAACUGUCAGUGGCCUUGCAGGGAAAAAAAAAAGAAUGACAAACAUGGAGUGAAUUGAACAGAAGUGAAAACAGAACGAAAGCUAACAAACCAAAAAGGUAGGCACCUCUGAAGUGAGCCCUAGUAACCAAGGCUCAGUCUGAUGUCUUGUCCUUCACUCUCUCCGUUGCUCAGAUUCGGGAGAGCUGAAGUCCUUCUACCCCCAAUCUAUGGCCACAGGUCUGCAAAAUACUUUUUUUGCUGCAUUUUUUUUAUACAUAUGUGAUUUUUUUUUUCUUCAGUUUUCUCGUUUUUUUUUUAGUUUUUUUUUUUUUUUUUUAGGUUUACAGUCUGAAAAAUGGUGCAAUACUCAAUUAUGAUCCAUACUUUCUUGGAUUAUUCCACAAUGAAAGCCACUAAGGUAGAUAAACAUUACAUUUUAAAAACACACUUAUUUUAGUCCUUGAGUAAACAUUUACACAUGAACUGUCCCCGUCUCCCCUCAGUACUUGUAUCAUGUUGUUCAUUUAGCUGGAUGAGGGGUGAGGCCGACACUCAGUGCAACGCUAGAGGCUAGUAACAAUUAACAUCAGAAUAUAUUUUUGACAAGCAAAAAGAAAAAAACAAAACAAAACAAAAAAAAAA